UGUGUAAUUUGAUUAAUGUGAUUAUCGGAGUGGUGUAAAGGAAUUAAAGUCAGAAAAAAUUGUAAAAUAUCGAAAAACAUAGGAAAAUUCUCGCGUUGUAAAAUAUAUAUUAUGUGAUUUUGGCAAUCGGUAUCUCGAAAAUUAUGAAUUAAAGUCAGUGCAAGUGAUUCCAUUUCAUUAAAGCAAAAAACAAAUUAAAGGGUGUCGUCUUUUUUCACUGCAAAAUAAUUUUCUGCGGCCGCUUGUAACUCACCACUUGUAUGUUGUGUUGUUUGUUGUUGUGUUGAGUUGUUUGUUGGUCUCUCUCUCGGGCUCUCUUUGUGUUGGCUGUCAGAAUUUUUUUCAGUAGUUUAUCGAUUCGUGAUAACACAUAAAAUACAUUUUUUCUGCUGCUCCAACCUCCAACUACACAAUUGCCAUUGAAUGUUUUAGGAAAAAAUUGGAUAUUUCAUUUGUUUAAAGCGCAAACAAUAGAAAAAGAAGACAAGGAUACAAAAAAUGAACAUCGAUUUUGUAAAAUUGUGUGGCAAACAUACGCCGAUCUAUGAGGCCUACUACAAACAGAUGGAUCCCAAGGGAACUGGGACCAUUGAGGCAAUGGCUGCAGCCAAAUUUCUCAAAAAGUCAGGCCUUAGUGAUGUGGUGCUCAGUCGGGUCUGGGAUUUGUCAGAUCCCAAUGGCAAGGGAUAUUUGGACAAGCCAGGUUUCUUUGUGGCCUUAAAAUUGGUGUCAUUGGCUCAGGCUGGCCAUGUCUACAACAUGAACAACAUUUACAUGGAUACGGAGAAACCACCAAAAGUUGGUGAUUUACCAAAGAUAAUGCCACCACGUGUACCACCAUCUCCGGUUGUAACUGCUGGUGCCGUCCCCGCCGCUGCACCGACGGGUGAUUGGUCAAUUCGUGUCAUUGAUCGUCUCAAAUAUGAACAACUAUUUGAAUCACUAAAACCUGUUGGUGGAAUGUUACCCGGCAAUAAGGUUAAAGGAGUAUUAUUGGAUUCCAAACUUCCUAUGGACACAUUAGGAAAAAUUUGGGAUUUAGCUGAUCAAGAUAAGGAUGGCAAUUUGGAUAAACAUGAAUUCAUUGUUGCCAUGCACUUAGUUUAUAAGACUUUGGAAAAACGUACGGUGCCCGAUGUUUUGCCACCAGAGUUGCGAAAACCAGGCGUACCACCACCAAAACCGGCACCACCUGUUAUAGCUGGUGGUGCUACUAUGCCUCGUGCACCAUCGAAUGAUGGGUUCGGUGAUGGUGGCUUUGUAGCAAACUUUCCCAAAGACAUUGCUCCACCACCGGCCAUACCCAUACCACCAGCCAUACAGCGUGUUCCACCCGUUGGCGGUCCAGCCACUGUUGGCCCGUUAAUUUCUACAGAUCCUUUAAUACCCAUCGGUGCUCCACCAUCGGUUACUGCCAAUGCUGAUUGGGUUGUGGGUGCAGAAGAAUUUAAACGUUUUGAAGUAAUGUUUCGGGAAGCUGAUCGCGAUAAGGAUGGUCUAGUGUCUGGUUUGGAGGUAAAGAAUGUCUUCUUGCAAUCGGGAGUGCCACAAAAAAUGUUGGCACAUAUUUGGGCCCUUUGCGAUACCAAUCAAUCGGGAAAAUUGACAUUGGAACAAUUUGCCUUGGCUAUGUGGAUGGUAGAACGCAAACAAAAAGGUAUUGAUCCACCUCAGGUAUUGACGGCCAAUAUGGUACCACCAUCUAUGCGGGGCAUUGUAUCCGGAGUAGAUAUCCAACCACAGGAACCAAAACCGACAUAUACUAAUCCUGAAUUGGAAAUGAUUUCAAAAGAAAUCGAAGAGCUGGCGAAAGAACGAAGAGCUUUAGAAACUGAAAUUGCUCAAAAGGAAGCUGAUAUACGCAUUAAAAAUGGCGAAGUUAGAAGUUUACAGAGCGAAUUGGACACUCUUUCGGCCACGCUAAAACAAUUGGAAAACCAACGCGGCGAAGCCCAAAAACGUUUGGACGACCUUAAAGCCCAAAGCCUAGAGUAUGAGAAGUCACUGCAAAUCAUAAAUCUCGAAAUUCCUAAAAUGAGAAAUCAGGUCAACAAGAUUCGUGAACAAUGCCAGAAACAAGAGGAAACUAUCAACGAACAAGAGGGUGAACUAAAUGCCAAACGUUCAGAGUUGCAAAAACUCAAAGAUGAGGAGAACUCACUGCAAAAGGAAUACGAUGAAAAUAAUCGUGAAUUACAAAAGCUUACCAAUCAUUUGCAGAAUACACAAUUACAAAUUAGUUCGAUAAGAUCUAUGGUCACACAACUGAUGGAAACCCAACGUCAAAUGACUGAUGCUCUACUUAUGUGUCGUGCUGCCAUUGAUGCUGAAAAUGCUGAAUUAGUUUCCGAAUAUCAAUUGAAAAUCGAACCUGACUUCAGUGAUGCCCGCAUUCAGUUGGAGAAAGAAAUUGAAAUCCCCAAAGAUGAUCCAUUUAACGAUACCACCACCGCAGCAAUGAACAACAAAAAUAAUGGUUUUGCAAGCAAUGGCUUUGAUAGUGAUCCAUUUACCGGUAGUACAACAACUGCAGCACCGGCAAAGGGUGGCUUUGAUGAUAGUUUUAAUACAGGAUUUGAUGCCAAUUUCGAUGCAUUUGCCAGCAGCAAUACUAGCGGAUUUGGUGGCGAUGCAUUUGGCGGUAGUGCUUUUGCAAACAAACCGGCAGAGCCCGCGAAGGAUAACUUUGACAACGAUCCAUUUGCUGCCCUACAUGCCCCUACAGGACAGGGCCAAGUUUUAAGUCCAAAUACACAGACACAACAGCAAAACCUAACCACUGCUAAAUCAGGACCUCCACCAAGACCAGAAUCACCUAGUCCAGCUUUACCUCCAAAGAAAUCAAAGGUGCCCCCACCAAGGCCAGCUCCCCCAAGACCUUUGCAGGCUCCUAAUCGCCCAGCUCAGCCGGAGGGCUUUGGUUCGACUGCAGGCUCAGGAGGUUUUGCUGAUUUUGCCGAUUUUGAUACUAAGGCACCCAUUAUACCACCGCCCCUGCCAACGAUACCGUAUAAAUCAGCCACAAAUCCCUUAAAGACAAAACCAUCCAACACCAACUCAUCGUCGUCGUCUUCGGUAUCGACAUCAAACCUAUCAUUAUUUGAAAAUUUUACACUUACACCAGCCACCAGCAAUAUCACAACCUCUUCAUCCACUGCUACUACGAACAGUAAUAACAUUUCAUCAAGCUCAUCGAUAACUUUAGGCUCGAAUAAUUCCAGCAGUACAACAAAACAGUUGGAUGACUCAUUUUCAGAUUUAUUCAAAAACGUUAACACCACUACAACCAGCACCACGAAUAUCAUCACAUCAUCAUCCAUUGACACGGAUACAAACAACACAAAUAUUACAGCCCUAUCGUCACCAUCAUCAACAUCGUUUGAUGUCACAAAUAGCAAUAAAUCAUUAACACGUUCCCGUUCCAAUACACCAAAGCAGCUGGCUGCGACCACAUUGGGAACAAGUCUAUUUGAUGCGUUUUCUGCACCCGUAGCAACAAAAACAACAACGGAUCAUUUUAGUACGAUUAAGUCGACAUCUUCAAUAAUCAGUGGACCGACAGAUUUCAAUGAUGAUCCUUUCAAGGAUUAUCGCUAUGAAGAUCCAUUUAAUAUUAAGGAUCCCUUUGCCGAUGACGAUGAUGAGUUUUCAACAGAUCCGGAGAAAGUAUUUAAGGAUGAAAUAAGCUCAGAUGACGACAAACACAGAACGAACACCACUAACAAUACCACUCAAGAUUCCAUGCAAACCAUAUCAACAUCAACCUCCAAUAUCUAUAGCACGGCAAAAUCAAAUUCGACCGUUAGCAGUGACUUCCUCAAUCAAUUCGAAUCUUUCAAUCUUAAUAACAAUCCCAGUCCAGUGCCAUCACAUCAUUCAAGUUCAUCAAGUGCUUUUACAGGCAUGGGUGCCAUGGAUGGUCCCAUUAAUAGCAAAUCGAAAAGCAAUACACCCAUACCGACUGCAACCAAUACCACCAACACCACAACAUCAAACUCAUCCAAUCUAUUUGAUAAUUUUGCUGAUUUUGAUGCAUUCUCAACGAAAUCGUCUACCUCAACAAUGGAAUCGAACAAAAAGACAACGACCCUGUCAGCAUCAUCGACUAAGAUCAAUAAACCCGAUCCAUUUUUAGAUGCUUUUAAUGAUAAUUUCGAUACGCAUUCGAACAAAAGUUACGACUCGAACAGUAAUCCAAAGAAAUCGACUGGAAAAUCUAUUAGCUCUUUGGAUGCUUUUGACGAUGCCUUCUCUGCACCGGAAACUACUAAGUCACGUCAAUCACCAUUUGAUGCAUUUGGUGGUGGCAGUUUUGCCAGUAGUAAAGGGGCCGGCGAACAAAUUACAGCUGCGUCAAUGUUUGAUGCCUUCAAUGAUAACAACUUUGAAGAUGAUUUCUUCAAGAAUUCCAAUACUGCAGUCAAAGAAACAAAUUUGAACAAAGGAAAAUUACAAAACAAAUCCCCAAUAUCAUUUAACAACAACGACACUAACAUUGACAACUUUGCAAAAUUCGAUGCUUUUUCCAAUGACAAUUUCAAUAAUUCGACAAACAUCACAAACUUGAAUAAUAACAAACAAAAAUACUCAUUGCCAUUAUCUGCAGCAACAACAAUACAAUCGAAAACAGCAUCAUCAUUAGGUUUAUCUGCAAUACCCAGAACUGAAAAUUUACUAAAAGUACAAAACCAAACUUUACUCACAGCUGUGUCGAACACAGAAAAAGCCGCUGCUGCGGCUGCGGGUACCACCACAUUAAAUGAAAAUGGUGCUAAACUACCGGAGAAAUUCAGUGCAGACUAUUCGAAACCGGAAACAUUUGAUGAUGAUCUGCAAGAGGCCAUCAAGCGCAGCAUGGUUGAACAGUAAUUGAAAUAAUGUGUGGUUUGAUGAUGACCAAUGGGCAAUAAAAACCAGCAACCCCGGGUUAGAGGUUUUAUGCCAAAGGCAAACUGACAAAAGUACAUUACUUAGUAAUAAAUGCGAAAAAAAAAAAAAAACAAAAGAAACAAAAUCUAGAGAGAUAGAAACGAACUCUUUAACUUAUAUUCAUACUUAUAUACAUAUACAUUUCAAAGAUAUUAUCUUUAUAUAUUUAUAAAAAAACAAAACUAAUGUAUAACGAAAGGAGUUGUUUGUUAUUUUUGAUAUUGUGUUAUGCUUAUUUCUUAUCAGAUCCAGAUAUUUGUGUUUCCAAGUCAUUCCAAAUAAGUCAAAUUAUUUUGUUAAUAUGUAUGUUAUUACAAGUUCAAUGGACAUUAUCAAUGUAAUUGUUAUAAUGGCAUCUAAUAAUAAUUUAUUUGAUCUCUAGUAAAAACAGCGAGUGAAAAAUUGUUCUUGAUCAAAAGCUUAGAAAAAUUUUUCAAAUGGUUCCAUUAUAUAAUAUUCCAGGUGCCUUAAAAACUCUCUACAUUUUAAAUUGUGGUACAGUUUUUUUAAUGAUACUUGAAUAAACAGGUUGCCACCGUUUAAGCCCGAUAAUAUUUAAAUAACACAGCAAUUAUUCUGGGAAGGCAUCUAGGAAGAAAUAUUUAAAAUAGGUCAGAGAGAAAAUAAAGUUAAACAUGGAAAGUACUCUAAGAGGUUUGGCUGUAUAAAGUUUAAUAAAGUGGUACCGUAACACUUUUAUAGAUAGGAGAAAUAAAUAUAAUAGGUGUUCCGUUGAGGGCUGAGUGGUGUUUGAGAUCUUUUGGAAAUAUGUUUAGUCUAUAAUUUUUUUUUUCUACGGUCUUAACAUAUAAACCAGGGACCCUAGGCAUCCAAGGAUGUAAAAUAAGUUUUUUUUCUGCAAAAGUCAUUAAUCGAAUUAAAGCAAUGAGGUGUUCCAAAAAUGCCGAAUAAGAAGUUUUUUAAAUGUUGACACUAGCCACAAAGAUCCACAGAAUACACUUCCUUUUAAACAUCUCAGUUUUUUUCUUCAAGAGAGUCUGAAAGUGUUGGAAUAUAUUUUAAAAUAUGAUCUUUACAAAGAAUUCUAUCCAGCAAAUAUUAAAAGAAAAUGUAUAACAUUUUUAAAAACCUCCAAAAAUGCCUUUAGGUUUUGCGGUUAUGUCAAAUGAUUGGUAUUUUUGUUGGUUUAGUGUUCAUAUGAAUAAGGCUGUUGAAACUGGUCCAUGUCGGCCCAUAUUAGAAUAUAACCCCUAUUGUGGGGACGAUUACCCACAGCCAUACCUUUCAAAAUAUACCUGUUAAUGUAGACCAUUCAAAUGGAUAUUAGAUAUGGAAAAUCAAGUGACUAUAAGUUGAGAUUUCUAAUACUAUUUUUAAUGUUGUUGAAAAAUAAAUUUUGAUAAAUUUUUUAACGAAAACUUAUAAAAUUUUAGUGUCCAUCUAUGGCAAGGCAAAGACAUAAGGUUCUAAAAUUUAACUUUAAAUGUUUCUCAGAAACUGGUGCAAUUCCUAGGAUGUUUGCUAUUAAAAUUGCACCAUAUCGGAUCACAAGUUUUAUAUAACAUUUGUCAAGAUUAGGCAAAUGUGAUUUGGAAAUAUUAAUAUUAUAUAAUUUUUCAUCAGGUAACAUCUUCUAAUUACUGUGAGGAUAUAACAAUGAGACGAUGGGACUUGAACGAAUGUAAGAAAAUUCCAAAUAUUAAAAUUUAGAGAAGAGUUUUUGGAAAGAGUUCAAAAAUCAAUCCAUUUGCAUGUCAUUAUUUCAACUACUCUUCCAACAUAAGCGUAAAGAUAUAGUACAAUUUAUAUCAUGUUAUAUUUAAUUAUAAUAGCACAUGAAAUGGCAUAGCCAUAUCAAUAAAUGCAACUCCUUUCGGCAUACAGAUACUACAAAACCAAUGAAACAAAUCAGAUGUCUAAAAUUCUUACUUAAAAUGUGUAUUUUUUCUUUUUUUUUUUUGUUCGAUUAUUAUUUAAUGUUUUUGUUUUUGUUAUCAUCAUAUUUACACGAAAUCUCUGAAAAUUAUUUAAUAUUUUUGUUUUCUCUUUGGUAAAGCUUGUCGUUGUUCCCUUAUUCCUUAUCAUCAUUUAUAAUUCCAUUUGAGAAUAAAUAUUUCAAUUUGUCUGUAUGUAUAUACAUAAUACCACACAAAUAAGUCAAAAUUAUGUAUGUAUAUAAAACUGUAUUUUAUUCCAUUAUAUUUUAAUAAUGAUCCAAGUCAUAUGUUGUAAAGGAUGUGGGGGAACAAAUAAAGAUAUGGAAUAUAUUAUUGUGGAAUGGAUUCUAUAAGAUCUAUAAAAUUAAUAAUAUUAUUAUUACAGUAAUAUGCUUAAUAUAAUUAUUUUAUUGUUAUGAACUCUAAAUGUAUUAUUUACGAUAUUCGAUCUAUAUACACACACGCAUUAUUUAAAACUUAUACAAUAAAUAAACUAUAAUUAAAAAUA